AUGGCACACCCCGAAAACCAAACCGACGACCUCACCUCUAAGGAGGUCUCUCCCUUCCAAACCAGUCGAGAGCUAUCAGCAUCCCUCCUCGCGCGAUGCCGAUCCCUUCUCUCCGAGAUAAGCGACUUCCAGACCCUGCUGGUGGAAACCCAACGCAAUCCUCAGAUCGUGGAGGUGCGGUCGCUGAAAUCAAAUGUGCUUUCAGAGCUGCGCACGUUGGAGAAGCUCGACGCGCAGGUCCAGAAGCUGCCGGACCCGACGAAGAGCGAUGGGGUUGAUGCAGAUUCAGGUGACGAUGAUGAACCAACGGCUAGGAGACUGGUUCAUACGUUGAAGUCCUCCAAUUUGCCGUUUUAUGAGGCCGUUUGGGCCAUUGCGAAGAAUACUUGCCGCGGGUUGGUGGCUUUUGGGAAGAGGUUCUAUUGGGGGGAUGAUAAUGGUGUUUCGGAGGAGAAAAGGUCCGGGAAGGAUAAGAAGAAGAGUGUGUUUGUGGAUAUUAUUGCUGAUGAUGGGGAGGAGUGGGUUAAGGUGUCUACGGUUGCAGAGUCGAGGUUGUUGUUUGAGAUGGCGGAGAAGGGGUGGGAGGCUGGUUCUGAGUCUGAGGAGGAGGGGGAGGCUAGGACGGUUCUACGGAAUCAUGAUGGGGAUUGUGAUGAGGUGGACGAUGAGGAUGAGGAUGAAAUUGAGCUGGUGAAGUUGGCUAAAGAUUUGAGGAACGCGGCCAAUGCUACGAGAGUCAGGUAUAAACAUCCUCGGCUGCGGUUUGUGGCGCCUAGGAUCCACGAGGGAAGCUGUGCGGAGAUUGACGAUCUUUUGAAGAUUAUUAGAAGCUAUGGGAUCAGAGUGGAUUGCGGUGAAAAGGCAUAUGCUGUGGCUGGUACACAGGCACAGGAGGGCUUAUCGCAUCUCCUUCCUAAGCCGUUCAAACACUUUACUUCCACUAUUAAUGUGGACUGCACAUUGAUGCUUGCUGCGGUCUCCGAUCUCUCGCAUUACAAACAUAUCACGGAAUCUCCGCAGCAUCAUAAGGCCAUCAAUCGACAGAUCGCUGUUGAGCAUGAGCGACCUUUGUUGCCCACUGAGCUGUGGCCCGCAAUGGAUGCCUAUGAACUAGUGUGUGUGGAGGAGGCUGCCACACGGAUGAAAGAGAUCGUCAAUAUUAUCGGCACUGACACUGAAAGGCUGCGCAUGGAAAUCCUGCUCGGCGAGCCCCCCUUCGAUACCUAUAGCCGAGAGGACCUCAUCAAGAAAUACCAGGAGUUGUCCGAUUAUGAAAUACCGGCGCACUGGAAAAUUCCGGUCAAGACGGUCGAAGCGAAGUCGGUGAUUGCGUCUGCGAGAGAUACUGCAAAGCUGCCGCCUGUCUAUCAGAAGGUGGCUGAGAACCUCUCCGAUAUCAACUAUGGUGUGUUUCUGUACGGAUGGGCUGCGGGACUGGCGACGAUCUCCAGCAAUCGGACCGUGGUCAAGGAGAUUGAGUCCAUUAUCGAGAAGCACAGAGAUGGGGAUGACGGCUUGGAGGGACCUCUUAUCUGGGUGUGUGAUACUGCCAGGAGCUUGAUAGGCAAAGAAAAGGGUCGGAAGAACUAG